AGAAUCCUCUCGAUUGCGAUAUAUUCGUCAGCAUCAGAAGGAGUUGAGAAGUGACUUAUAUAGUGGCUUGGCUGAUGCAGUAGGUCGGGGUGAGACUAAUGCAUCAAGGGUGGGCCAACUCAUUGUGCUACCGAAUUCUUUCACAGGGAGUGCACGUUAUAUGAUGCAAAAUUAUCAAGACGCGAUGGCCAUUUGUAGAUGGGCAGGAUAUCCGCAGUUGUUCAUAACAUUCACAUGUAACCCUAAGUGGCCAGAGAUUGUGCGCUUCGUUAGUGACAGAGGUUUGAAUCCAGAAGACAGGCCAGACAUCCUUUGUAGGAUAUUUAAAAUGAAGCUGGACCUCCUAAUAAAAGAUUUGAAGCACAAUAAAAUAUUUGGUGACGUCAAAGCAGUUAUCUACACUAUUGAGUUUCAAAAGCGUGGUUUGCCUCAUGCCCAUAUAGUCUUAUGGGUUACUCAGAAAGGCAAGAGAAUAUCACCCUCAGAGAUUGACAAGAUUAUAUCAGCGGAGAUACCUGAUGAAAGGUCUGACCCGGAAUAUUAUAACGCGGUAAAAGAACUUAUGAUGCACGGUCCUUGUGGUCCAGCAAACAAGUCAGCGCCAUGCAUGGACAAAAACGUUUGCACAAAGCACUUUCCGAAACGUUUUGUUGAACAAACAACCAUUGAUGGGGAUGGUUAUCCAGUUUAUAGACGACGCAAUGAUGGGAGACGUGUUACCAAGGGUGAUGUGGAUCUUGACAAUAGACACGUGGUCGCGCAUAAUCGUACAUUGCUGCUGAAGUAUGGUGCACACAUAAAUGUUGAAUGGUGUAACCAAACAAGGUCGGUCAAGUAUCUUUUCAAGUACAUAAAUAAGGGCGACGACCGUAUCACAGUAGAAUUUUCUGAAGCAGUGGAUAACUCCAAACAACAACAAGUUGAUGAGAUUAAAAUGUACUACGAUUGUCGCUACAUCUCAGCAUGUGAGGCUGCAUGGAGAAUAUUUGGGUAUCCUAUCCAUUACAGGGAUGUGCCGGUGGAACGUCUCAAUUUUCAUUUGCCAGACGAGCAACCAGUAUACUAUCACCCGGAUGAGCCGAUGGAAUCUGUUGUUGGAAAAGGCACAGUUCAAGAUACAAAAUUCUUGGCUUGGAUGAAGGCAAAUGAAAAAUAUCCAGAGGCACGAGAGUUGACAUACGUUGAAUUUCCAACGAAGUUUACUUGGAAACAAAAAACCAAGGAGUGGGUGCCAAGGAAAAGGGGAUUCUCAAUUGGUCGUGUGUAUUUUGUUCGUCCUGGGGCAGGGGAAAAAUUCUAUUUGAGGACGCUACUGAAUGUUGUUAAAGGUGCUACAUCCUUUGAAGAGUUGCGCACUUAUAACGGGACAUUAUUUCCCAGCUUUAGGGAUGCUUGCUAUGCCCGUGGGUUGCUAAAGGAUGAUAAGGAAUAUAUAGAUGGGAUUACUGAGGCAAGUCAUUGGGCAUCCGCAUAUGCACUCCGUAAUUUGUUUGUUACUCUUUUAUUGUCGGAUGUGUUGUCAAAGCCACAAUUGGUAUGGGAGAAGUGCUCGCAAUACUUUUCAGAGGACAUACUCUACAACAUUAGAAGGAACCUCAAUGACCCUGAGUACCAAUUGAGCACAGAUGAGGUGAACAAAUAUUGCUUGAUCGAGAUUGAGAAGUUGUUAAGGAAAAGGUGCAGAUCACUACGAGAUUUUGUGGGAAUGCCAAUGCCACCUGAAUCUGAUAUUCCUUCCAUUGAAGACACCAUAAUUCAUGAAGAGUUGAAGUAUGACAAAUCUGUCAUGGCCGAGACACAUGCAAAAUUAUUGAAAAACAUGAAUGAAGAGCAACGAAGUGUCUACGAUAAAAUCAUGGAAUCUGUUGACAAGACGAAUGGAGGUGUCUUCUUUUUGUAUGGUCACGGUGGCACAGGAAAAACAUAUGUAUGGAAGACUUUAUCAGCAGCAAUAAGAUCACGAGGUCAAAUAGUGUUGAACGUUGCAUCGAGUGGGAUUGCAUCACUUCUUCUUCCUGGAGGACGUACUGCGCACUCAAGGUUUGCUAUUCCAAUCAAUGUUACUGAAGACUCAACCUGCAAUAUAAAGCGUGGUAGUCCAUUGGCUAAAUUGAUUCAAAUGGCCAAGUUGAUUAUUUGGGAUGAGGCCCCUAUGAUACACAGGCAUUGCUUUGAAGCUCUAGAUAGAAGUAUGAGAGACAUACUUUCUUGCUCUCAUGAUGGCAAUCCAAAAUUGCCUUUUGGUGGAAAAACGAUUGUUUUCGGUGGAGACUUUAGACAAGUGUUGCCUGUCAUUCCUAAAGGCACAAGACAGGAUAUUGUUCUUGCAUCUUUGAAUGCAUCACAUCUGUGGCAGUAUUGCACGGUGUUGAAGUUAACAAAAAACAUGAGACUCAAGAACUUCACAAAUGAAACGGCCAAUCCAAGUAUUUUGAAGCUUUUUGCCGAUUGGAUACUACAAAUUGGUGAUGGUGUUCUGGGAGGGAGCGUUGAUGGAGAAGCAGAAAUUGAUAUACCGGAAAAUUUUCAUGUUCCAGUAAUGUCUGAUCCCAUUGAAUCCAUUGUCAACGCCACUUAUCCAGAUUUUUUGAAGAACAUGAACAACAUCUCAUAUCUUGAAGGGAGAGCAAUUCUUGCACCGACAAUUGAUGAGGUAGACAAGGUCAAUGAUUUCAUGUUGUUGCAGAACAACUCAGAGGAAAAGACAUAUUUCAGUUCAGAUUCAGCGUGUUCCUCAACCUCAGACAAUGAGCUCCUUCAGGAGAUUCAUUCUCCCGAAUUCCUUAACGGCAUAAAAUGUUCUGGUGUUCCAAGUCACGAGCUGAAGCUAAAAGUUGGUGUACCGGUGAUGCUCAUGAGGAAUAUAGACCAUUCGGCCGGCUUGUGUAAUGGUACCCGACUUUUAGUGACAAAACUUGGUGAACAUAUUAUUGAAGCACAGAUGAUGUCUGGAACUAAUGCAGGUGAGAAAUUCCUUAUCCCAAGGAUUAGUCUAACCCCGACAGAUGUGAGGCUACCUUUCACAUUCAUGCGUCGGCAAUUCCCCUUGAUGGUUAGCUAUGCAAUGACGAUGAACAAGAGCCAAGGACAAUCAUUAGAGAAUGUGGGCGUUUUUCUACGACGCCCAGUUUUUACACAUGGCCAGUUAUAUGUUGCAGUUUCGAGGGUGACGAGUCCGUCUGGAUUGAAGUUCGUGAUAUGUGACGACGAGGGAAAUCGAAAAAAGACCGCAAAAAAUGUUGUCUACAAAGAAGUCUUCAAUAAUUUGUAAAAUUG